GAGCUCAUUAUUUCGUCAACAAUAGACCCUAGAGUUCUACAUCCAACUCACUGAAAAGAAAUAACAAAACAUUUUUCUUGUAUGACCUAUGAAAAAGCAUAGGGCCGUCGUCUGAAGAACGAUAUAAUCAAGAUCAAACUGAGUAAGGAGGAAGUCAUGGAUCCUCUACUUCUUGGCAUUAUCGCACUUGUCAUAGCUUUGAUAUUGACCAUCGCGUUGCUGGUUGUGCACACAGGCAUCUUCCGGCAGGUUGAUGUAAACACUGGCCGACCUCCCAUUGCCAAUGUACGUGUAGCAUACAAGUUUGCGAGGGGACCAUACAGCGAAUGUGGACCAAUGUUCUCAGAGGUUGCCAGUCUAGCUCCAGAUCUGCGCUGCAUUGGUGUGUACUUUGAUGAUCCACAGAAGGUGGAAUCCUACAACCAGCGUUAUAUAGUCGGCACCAUUCUCAGCGAGGGGACCAGUGAAGUAGACAAAGAAGUAGAAGCUCGACUUGUAGAGCACGAGUUCAAGCUAACUAACUUCCCAGCUGUAGACCAUGCAGUCAUUUGCUCGUUUCCAUUUAUUUGGACCCUGUCUAGUUAUAUUGCAACUGCCAAAGUAUGGCCCCAAUUAGGAGAAUACAUAGAGGAACGUAAGCUAUGUGCUCAUCCAGCUAUCGAAGUCUACACGGGAGAUGAGAUCCAAUACAUGCUACCUUUGUCCAAGCAAGAGGAUUUUUACGUAGAAGAAGCGAAAAAGGCCAAGGAGGAGAUUGCUAAGAGCUUGCAAGAAAGUGAUGGAAAAGAAAAUGAAUCUGCCCUACCGGAUGAUAGUACCAUGACAUCAUCAGAUGGAAGUGAUGCAAGCAGUGGAAGCGAAAGUUCCUUUGAAGAAUUAUCCCUAAAAGAAGGUGAAAUGGAAGAAGAACCAAACGCUUCUGCAAACGAAAUUUAAUUUUGCUGAUACAUACAGUAUAUUGAUAUAAAACUGGUACAAAACUGAUGAUAAAUGUCACUGUUGAUUUUAUGAAGUUAUUGAAGUGUAAUAAUUCAUUAAAAGAUACUUAAUUUACAACUUACACUUUGUUUCAAGUGGCGUUUUGUAAAGUAUCACUGUCAUUAUAGAAGGUGAAGAUUUGUAACACUCGAAGGAUGUGCUCGUAGACGGCAUUUAUAGAAAUAUUUGUAAUAUACAUGUAAGCCAUGGUGCAGUGAGCAGUACAUGUAAACCAGUUGGUGAUUAUUGUAAAGUUGCUAUAAUGUAGUUAAAUGUGUAUUUUCUUAUAAACAUAUAUACAUGUUUAUUGUUUAUGCAAAUGAAAUUAAAAUUGAUAUCAUGAGAGAUUGGCAUCUGACAUUUUUUAGAGAUUAAUUUCAUCACAGCAGCAUCUCUCCUGCAAUUUACAAUGGAUGUUAUUUUGUGAAUAAUGUGAUUGUAAUACCGUAUGUUUGUCAUACAUGUACAGUAUAUUGGUUUGGCAAGUGCAUUGUAUUGUUAUCCAGUAUCAAAACAAAAAACCUGACCUACCCGGUCAAGUAUAUUGUAUGCAAUUAUAUGAUAUUAACAUGGGAUGAAUAUGGAUUCAACCAUAAAUUUGUGAUAUUGGUUUGAGCAUUUGAAAAGAUAUGAAGCAGCUUAAGUGUUUAUAGAAUUUCUGCUAUCAACAUUAAAAAUUUGUAAUUAUGAUACAUUUUGUCCAGGGAUUUGUAUCGUAUGUAUUGUAUCACAUUUGCUUGAGUUGCUUGAAAUGUGAAUUUGUGUCUGAUCUAGUUAACUGACAUGUCUAAUCUUUCAAAUAUUGAUUUGACUUUGACACUCUUACAUUCAAUGUUUUGUAACCUGUUUGGUUUAAGUUUCUGCUCAAUACAUGAUCUAGUUGGUUUUGAAAUCUACCUCUACAUAUAUAUAUUUUUUUUCUUCAUGGGGGGGGGGGGGGGCAUCUUUUGAGUUUUUGAUAAGACAUGAUAACUUGUGUAACAUUAUAACUUUGUCUUCAAGUACCUUAACAGUACAUGUAUAAUUUCAGAAGCCUUUAACUUGGUUGGAAUUGCUUUAGUUUUUAAGCGCAAAUUCAGAGAUACAAGUCGGUCACUAUUUGUGAAAAUUAAAAAAUGUUGUAAUUAAACAAGAUGUCAAAGAAGCAAACCAGUGAUGUAGGUGUUUCUCAUACAUGUGUUAAGCAUGUAUUUUAGGUCUAUAUUUUAGGUACAUAUGGUGAGCAUAAAUUUUAAUUUGAAGUUUCAGAAGGCUGAACUGUUUUUAAUAGAGCAUGCAAACUUCUUUGAUGACACUUUCUUUCCAAAUGAGAAAUAUUAGAAAAAUAAAUCAUUGUAAUUUCUAUGUUUGCAGAUUGAAUGAUUUGAGGUCUUCUGUAUUAUUUGUGCUAAAAUGCAAAAUUCAUUAUAUUUGAUUAAAACUAUGGCAUAUACCUUAUUUUUUAAGUAUCUUUAGUUUCUACAUGCAGUUGUGCCAUUUUCUACUGGAAGUAUGCCACACGUUUUUGGUUAUCAAAUGAUAUCAACCUUGCCCACAAGCACCAAAGUUAAAGUAGCAUGAUUCCCUCUUCCAAUUGAUAUUUUACAGGUAGAUUAAAUGUGCUUCCAAAUUCUUGCUUUAGCAAAAUGUCCUGACUUCCUGUGUAUUUCUAAAAGAAUUUUUCACCAUAAAAGCUGUCAUCUAAAUCGACAGUGAUAGGUGGGACAAGUCUUUGAAUAGUGUGUAUUUGGUGUCAGUUAACUGCUAUAUUAUUAUUUCUUUCUUAUUUUUUUCUAAUUUUUUGGGUCAUAUGUAGUGCAAGUCAAUAUUGUUGAAUGUUAAGCUUGAAAUGUAAUGAAUUUACACUUGGGCAUUGUUUUAUUAAAGCCACUGGCUAAGGGAAUACAAGGUGCGAAGAUGAGGAUAGUGCAAUGAUUACAGCAGUGGUCAAGUUUCCAGAGAGGGUUCAAGUCCAAAUCAUAGCAUUUGUGCUACUGGAUGAGGCAUUACUCUUCAAUUAUAUACAUUGCUGUCCCUCAGAUAGGACCUAAAACUGAAGGUCCCACUUUUUCUUUUAUGUACAUGUGAGCAAUUAUAAAGCAUACAUUAAAUUAGCAUCAUAUGUAAAAUCAGCAAGAAGCCUUAUCUUGCAAGGUAUGCAUUUUCAUAUUCUGAUGUGAAUGCAUUUAUUAUUCAUAUAUUACUGUGGUUGUAUGAUGUAUGCUCCUGUGUCAACUUCAACCCUGGACCUGACAAUAUAUGUACCUCCCCCUAACCUUUAGUUGAACCUAGCCUUAAACCAAAUUGUAAUCCUUAGCCUAACCUUAUACAUGUCCUUCUGACCAAAUGAAGUCCAGAGAAAUUGUCGCCGGAGCAAGUGUCAGAUCACUGCUAUUGAACAUAUAGUAUAUGUAUAGUAUCAGUUUUUUUAUAUAAUUCCAAGGCCUUUAAGUACAAUAUCAGCACACUGCAUAGUGAAUUUUGAAAGAGCAGCUAAGAUGAGGUCAAAUAGUUAGAUGACAUACUACUCCCCAUUUAUUUUGGGUUCUUUUAUAGUGUCAAUUUAAAAAAAAAAUGCUAAUGUCUAUAAGUACGAUCUCAGCACACUGCAUAAUGGAGUAAGAAAGAGCAGCUAAGAUGAGGUCAAAUAGUUAGAUGACAUACUAUUCCAUUUAUUUUGCCUUCUUUCAUUUUCAGAUAAUAUAUUGAGUAUAAAUCUACUAAUGAAAUAAUACAGUACUUUGAUUUUUGUAAAGAUUUAUAAACCGCGGUACAAUUAAAUUGAUACAUUUCUAUACAUGAUUAACAGUACGUUCAUACAUGGGGUAUGCAAUUCUGUUACAGUAAAAAGAAAAAGUGUUUGAUAGUGUUGAGUGGCUGCUUUGAUUUAAUGAGUUUUAAUAUCUAUAUCUUGCAGUUAUUUUAAUUUUUCUGAAAUUCAAAUAUUUAAUUGUGUAUUAAAGAGAGGAACAGGCAUUCUAUUGGUUGUUUACCCCAUGUAAAUCUGAAAACUGUAAAUAUCUAAUUUGUGUCUGGAAGUGAACGAGAAGGGUGCAAUAAAAUGCAUGCAGAAUUGCAAAUACAUGUGUGAUACCAUGAAAAGUCACCUCUGAGAUCAGUGCAUGGAAAAGAAAAAUGUCCUUCAUCUCCAAAUUUCAAAACUGUUGUAAAUUGUGAGAUUCUGAUUACAGGUAGUAACAAAAUAACAUGAUAAAGGCCAGUUAAAGGUAUACAGAUUUCUUCAAAGAUUUGAGUACACAUGAUGACAGUAAUGAGCCCUAUUAGAUCACAUGAAAUGUCAAGAAAAUUGAUAAUUUCAGAGUUCACUACUUAUCUCAUCCUUUGCAUGACAAAAAAGAAAUGAAUCCUUGGACUUUAUAUAUUUUAUACUUUACCUUAAAUAUUCAUCAUUGUGUUCUGUUUUCACUAUCAGACAUAUUGAUGAGGAAACAAAAAUUGAUUAAAGUAAAAGAUUGUAUUUACAUGUAUGCUAUUCCAUAUCAAGCCCCAAAAAUGUCAUCUUAUAAAUAGACAAAUUUUGAGUAGCAAAUUAGUGUUUGCUUACUCUGCACUAUUAAUGAAUACUUAAGUGUACCUGUGUACCAACAAUUUUCUUCCCAUUCGACCAACGUAAUGGGAAAUCAAAUUUUAAGCAAGUGGCAUUAUUUAAGGACCAAAUACGACAACGUCCGAAAAGUUUUAGUUGCCUUUACUUAUGACGUACAAUUCAGGUUAAAUUGAUAUUCGUACAUUCAUUUAUGUACCCCCAAUACAUUAACAUGUUACUCCUGUUUUUUGUGAUGUAGAUUUGGUGGAGGUAAGUUGGUAGUUACAAUUAAAGAGUCUAUAUGUGAAGGCAAAACUGUAUAUGAAAGAAAAAAAAAACUGUUUCAUUUAUUAUCCCCUCAUAAUAGUAUAGUCUAAUGGAGGUAACUUGUUCUGACGUAUAUAGGCCAUUUGUACCCGGCGAGGGGAUGCUAUGCUUUGCAUUGACUUGUGUUGAUGUUAGCCUUGAUAUGAUAUUUUGAAGUUCAGAAGUGAAAUAAAAAUGAAAAUAAAGAUUA